AUGGCAAAUCAAAUUAUACCAGACGAUGAGAAUAUUAUUGAAAGAUUUACGAAAAUUUUUCAAUCAAAAAACAAAUCAGACAAUGGUGAGAAUACCAUGAGUGAAGAAGAUUUAGAUAUGAUAGCUGGUCGAGUAUCACAAGGAUCAAACGAAGUCGAUUUCGAGUAUUUACAGAGAGAAAAAAAAUUUGCUUGGGUGAUGGGUGGUGAUGGUUUAAGUUUGUUUCUAAAACAAUCUAAUGUUCAAGCACUACGUUCAAUUGGUUUUGAAGAUCGACGGAUUCGAAGGAAACUAGAAGCCGGCAGACGUUUUCGUUUAGGUAUAUUUUAUAGAUCAGAUCAACGUGUUCUAGCGACAUGGGAUGGAAUAUUAUCGCUCAUAGAUAAGCAUUUUCCGAAGCCGAUUUCAACUAAAAUAUGUCAACAUGCAGAUGCAUUCAAAUCAAUGACCUUUGAUGAAAUUGAAACUCGAGCUCGGUCAACAUAUCUUAAAGGAGCAUCUUAUUUUGAUGUCGGUCAAACGUGUGUCAAUGAUAUUGCAGCUGAGCCUCGUUUUAUGACGGAAGAAAGAUUUUUGGCAUGUGAAGGAACAUUAGAAGAGGCUCGUGGUUUUCUCUAUAAUCAAUUAUCCGUUGCGGAUUUAUUUGAUGGUAGCGGAUUUACGAAGGAUUCAAAUGGACAAUUACACGUCAGAGAAUACCUACAACCCAGUGUGCCCGUUUGCGAUCUGCCCGGACUUCGAUACUUGGAUAUACCUAUUGAUACUAACGAUCUUAUGCCGAAUGAUUAA